AUGUUUCAAAAAGGAGAAUCCUCAUUUCAUUUGUACGUCAUGUGGUCGACUAGACUAUUGUUUAUUUCGUGUGUAGUUAUAUUUUCAAAUAGUUUUAUCGUUCCAAUUACCAAUGGCCUCACUACAACACCGGCAAGUAACCAGGAUGAUAAUCAAGACCUUGGCGAAUGGUGGAUUGAAUCAAGUGUUCCUACAGCAGCAUUAGUGAUGUCAACCAUCAAUGAGAAAUGCUUUCAACACUCACAGAAAUUUCUAACAUCGCUGCGUAGUCGACUUCCGUGGGCAGUCAAAAUGUACGAGUCCUCUGGAAAACUGGUGAAAAACUUGAUUUACGCUGAAGGAAGCGACAACGUUCACCACGGAUCAGGAUUAUUUGAUGAAUGUCUAUCGGUUCAAUCCGAUGGAAUUCCUUUCCAAGGACAAUAUUGCACCGUCUUCUUUGGACUGAAAUUAAUCGAUCAGGAAGAAAGUGCUCUUGGACAUCGAAAUGACACAAAUAGCUUAAAUGAAGAGGAACCAAAUGAACACAUUUCAAAUUUCCAAAAGCCUUCCGUUAGUUUCUGCUUGCCGUCGACCUGUACUGCGGGUGAUUUACGUUCUGUGGUUGCCCAACUUGUUGGAUUUCGUGUCAUCAAUCAAAACAACUACUCCAUCGUGACCAUCUUGAGCGAUAAUUACUGCUACACUGAAGAGAAAAUUCACGCCAGCAGAACGACAUUUGAUAUUCUUACUCUUGCCGUUCUGUUGAUAUUUUGCCUUUUUGGCAUCACUGUCGCCACAGCGACAAUUCAUCAUAUCUGGACAGAAAAUAAUUCCCUUCAAUCUUUUGCCGUUCAGUUGCUUCACUGUUUCUCUGCCAAGAAGAAUUGCCGAUCCGUGCUUUCCACUGAACAGGAUAGUAAGGAUAGUUUGCCAUGUCUACACGGAAUAAGAGUGUUAACCAUUUGCUGGAUUGUCUUGAUGCACGUUGGUUCGGAGUUCAGUAUCGAAAGAAUGGUCUACAAUAAAUCGACUGCAGUUAAGAAUUCUUUGCGAUGGGAAGUUCAAGGUCUGGCAAAUGGAUUGUUUAUGGUGGAUACUUUCUUUUUAAUAAGUGGUCUCCUGGUUGCCUUUACACAAUUGCGACAAUUGGAUAAUAACAAUGGAUUCUUCAACCUCAAGCGAUUUUAUUUUCAUCGCUACAUUAGGCUUACCCCAGUAUACGCGGCUGUAUUAGCGUUCAUAGCCACACUCGGGCCGUAUAUUGGAACCGGACCUGACUGGCAUUUUGUGCGACGAAUGAGCAAAGGGGUCCGUGAAAGAUGGUGGACCAAUAUGCUUUACAUCAAUAAUUAUGUGGCUACAACUGAGCUGAGUAUGAGCAGUCCCUUGAUGGGACCCGUUGAGUGUUGGUACCUUGCCUGCGAUAUGCAAAUGUUCUGGCUAAGUCCGCUCUUCAUUUACCCAAUUUGGCGCUGGAAAAAGACCGGAACUAUUUGGACUGUAGCUAGUUUGAUUGUUUUCUUGGCAAUUUCCGCGAAAGCCUUUAUUGUUCACAAUUUACCUGCCACACUUACACCUUUGGGUAGACCAUCCGAAAUCUCAAGAAUCGACGACUACGUUUUAAAUCAUUACAUGGCAACGUUUUCCCGCAUUCCUCCAUACUUGAUAGGAAUACUACUGGGGUGGCUACUUCACAUGAAAAAAAAUAAAAAAAUAACUAUUCAUAAAUGUCAGGCGGCUGCAGGUUGGGUGACAGCUACGUUGAUCGGGUUGACAGUUAACUUUGGAAUGGCUCCUUUCGUAGACGAGACAGUAGUUCCAGUGGUAAAUCCCUUCAUCCGGGUUUCAUACGGAACCCUUCACCACUCGGCCUGGGCUAUUACCAUCGGUUGGAUUAUAUUCGCCUGCACUCAUGGAUACGGAGGUUUCAUCAACAAUUUUUUGUCGUGUAAACUCUUCAUUCCGUUCAGCCGCCUGAGCUACGCUGUUUAUUUAAUCCAUUUCAAUUUUAUUAAAGCAUAUGCAUCUCAUCUCCGAAAACCUUUUUACUUUACUGAAUAUGUUUAUGCUACGACUUAUCUCGGAAUUCUGGUCAUUGCGUUCGUGUUGGCCUUUGUCGUCUCCGUCGUGGUGGAAAUGCCGUUCCUCAAUUUAGAUAAAAUAUUGUUCCCUAAUAAUUCCAAGGCUUCAAAAAUUAAGAACUCGUAAUUUGUUAUAUUUUUAUAUUAUACAACGAGACUUGUGUGACAA